AUGGCACUGAAACGUCUGCAUCAGCUUGGUAGAAGGUUCAAGAAGAAUGAGAAGUUCAAAAGGGAUUACUGUGCCUUUAUGGAUGACGUUUUGGUCAAAUGUGCUGAACCAGUACCCAAAUGCAAUGCAGAAGAGGGAAAAAUAAAUUACGUACCUCACACCGGCAUCUAUCAUCCGAGGAAACCUGACAAAAUUCGCGUUGUGUUUGAUUGUUCGGAAACGGUUAACGGAAUAUCGUUAAAUGAUUGUCUGUUACAGGAACCUGAUUUGACAAAUGACCUUCUGGGCGUAUUGUGUAGAUUUAGAAGGGAGAACAUUGCCAUCAUGGGGGACGUGUUCGUGUACCGUUCCUACACAGUAAAACACAAUGCCGUAGCAUACGUUGUUCUACGUGCGAUAUCAUGUGAUCGCCACAACGAACUUCUUCAACUGCGGCUGAUCCAAGUCAGUGUUUACAUGCUGUAUUGUGCGGGCUGUGCCGGCACGUGGGAAUUAGAAAGUUGGGCAAAAGCCUACAAAGUAAAACACAAUGCCGUAGCAUACUGUGAUCGCCACAACGAACUUCUUCAACUGCGGCUGAUCCAGGUCAGUGUUUAUAUGCUGUAUUGUGCGGGCUGUGCAGGCACGUGGGAAUUAGAAAGUUGGCAAAAGAUCACGCCUAAGUUAUGUGCCAAGGCAGGUCUUACCCUCCAUAAAUGGAUUACUAACAGCAGGAAAGUGUUAGAUUCUAUACAAAAAGACAUGAGAGCAAAGGAUUGGAAGGAAAUAAGUGUACGUGACCCGCUACCUUUCGAGAGAGCACUUGGUAUAGUUUGGUGUGUUCAGAAUGACACAUUUCGAUUCCGAGUAGAGAUGAAAGACGUCCCAUUAACAAGGAGAGGCAUACUGUCUACCAUUUGCUCAAUUUACGACCCUUUGGGCUUCGCUGCACCGGUGAUACUGAGAGGAAAGGCCAUCUUACAAGAGCUUUGCAGGAAAGGUGUUGAAUGGGAUGACCCAGUUCCAGAUGAGCUAAGGUCAAGAUGGAUCCUCUGGAGGUCCAGUGUCAAGGAACUGGAAAGUUUAGAAGUUACUCGCCGCCUGAAACCUAGGAAGGAAGAGAAGAUCAACGCUCUGGAGCUGGAUUAUUUUUCCGACGCCAGUCAAACUGGUUAUGGAGUGGCAGUUUACCUUCGGGUAGUUUACGAGAAUAUAGCACCACACGUAACAUUCGUGUUAGGCAAGGCCAGGGUAACACCCUUAAAUAGAAAAAUUACAAUACCUCGACUGGAGCUGUCAGCAGCAGUGGUGUCAGCUAGGUUGUCUUCAUACCUGCAACGAGAGCUAAGAUGUGGCAUGACAAAGCAGUUUUUCUGGGUAGAUAGUAAUGUAGUCCUGGGAUAUAUAAAUAAUGAAACCAAACGUUUCCACACUUAUGUGGCAAAUCGGGCUCAAACCAUCAGAGAUCUAACCGAUAUCAAUCAGUGGAGGUACAUUCGAUCGGAGGACAAUCCCAGUGACGAUGGCAGUCGUGGACUAACGGCUAAGCAGUUGAGUCUUAAUUCAAGGUGGAUAAAUGGUCCACCAUUUCUGUGGGAAAAGGAGUUUGUUCCACAAGUGGAUCCAGAUAUUUGCUAUGAGGCCAGUGAUGUCGCCGACAUUAAGAAAGAAAUACACACGAGCAGCAGCAAAUUGUUUAAGAUUAAGGAUAGGUUGCUGAAAGCUGAGAAGAAGAUUAAUAAAGAGAAAUCGACUCGUAAUAAUCCUAUGACUGUACAGGAACUGCAACGAGGAGAAAUGCUGUUAAUAAAACUCGUUCAACAGGAGUAUUUUAAUAAAGAAAUCCAGAUAUUAAGGUUGACAGAAAUUAACAUUGAAGACAAAAAGAGGCGAGGAGAAUACAAAUGUCUACUUAGGUCAAGUUCAGUGAGAAAGUUAGAUUCUUUCUUGGAUAAGAAUGGUGUACUCCGAGUUGGAGGUAGGAUUAAGAACUCGACCCAACCAUACGACGUGAAAUAUCCAGUUUUGCUGCCAAAACAAGGUCAUAUCUCAAUGUUGAUUGUGAGGCAUUACCACGAAAAGCUUAUCCACAUGGGAAGAACUUCAACACUUAACCAUGCACGGCAACAUGGAUUUUGGAUAGUGAAUGGAACGGGCGUGGUAAGACAGGUCAUACAGAAGUGUGUGAACUGCAGAAAAUUAAGAGGUGUGCUCCAAACACAGAAAAUGAAUGAUCUACCAAUGGAUAGAGUGACAGAUGCUCCACCCUUCUCAUAUGUAGGUGUGGACUUGUUUGGCCCGUUCCUGAUUAAGGAGAGAAGAUCGGAACUAAAACGCUAUGGUGUGCUGUUUGUUUGUAUGUCAUCAAAAGCGAUCCACCUGGAAACUACAAACUCCCUAGACACUGACUCUUUCAUCAAUGCUAUGAGAAGAUUUCUGUGUUUACGUGGUCCAACCCGACAGAUAAGAGCAGAUUGCGGUACCAAUUUUAUUGGUGCGAAUAAUGAAUUAAUGAAAGCUACCGAACAAAGUUUGGAUCAAGACAAGAUAUCCAAGUACUUACUAAAGCAGAAAUGUGAGUUUGUCAAUUUUAAGUUUAAUGUUCCCAGAAGCAGCCACAUGGGUGGCAUUUGGGAAAGACAGAUAAGGACUGUGCGCAGUGUACUGGAACCACUCAUACAUCAAGCUGGAUCACAGCUCGACGAUGAAUCACUACGUACAUUUAUGGCAGAGGCCCAGAACAUAGACAAUUCACGACCAAUUACAGUUAAACAGUUGACAGAUGCUGAUGGAGCUGAGCCUCUUACCCCAAAUCACAUAUUGACUUUGAAAUCCAAAGUGUUAUUACCUCCACCGGGUGUUUUUCAGAAACCGGACAUGUACUGCAGACGAAGAUGGAGAAGAGUACAACAUUUAGCUAACGAAUUCUGGGCUAGAUGGAAGAGAGAGUACCUUACCUCUCUUCAACCAAGGCAGAAGUGGGUAGAGCGCAAAGAGAACAUGAAGGUAGGCGACAUUUUUAUAAUUAAAGAAGAAAACCUGCCCCGCAUUAAAUGGUGCCUUGGCAAAGUGACUAAAGUGUAUCCAAGUGAAGACAGUCUUGUGCGUAAAGUUCAGUUGACCACUGCAACUUCAGUUUUGGACAGGUCAGUUCAUAAGUUGGUGUUAUUGUUAAAUGAUGAAUCCAGCUAA